AUGGCGAGCAGCGUCACGCUGUAUGAAGGCAACUUCUCAGAAUGGCGUGCCUUCAUCAGUCAACGACUGUCCGCUCGCGGUUACUCUAACGUACUGGCUACCUUCGGCAAAGCUCCGUCGACAGUGACUCCCCGCAACUAUCUCCGGUAUAAGCAGAUCGCGAACAGCAUGCUCAAAACAGUCCACACCAGCCUCCGCGAGCGCGUCAAAGGUAAAGACGCUCGAGUGCCUUGGCUACUGCUGGAGGCACUGCAGAAGAUAGCACGUCCGUCCCGCUUCAUGGACCUGCCGCCAGAGCUGCGAGAGAAUGUGUACGACUUUCUGCCGGAUCAUUAA